UGCGAGCACGGGCGGAUACGAUCUCGAUGCAAGGAGUGCGGGGGAGCCAGCAUCUGUGCCCAUGGGCGCAGGCGAUCUCAGUGCAAGGAGUGCGGGGGAGCCAGCAUCUGUACCCAUGGGCGCCAGCGAGAUAAGUGCAAGGAGUGCGGGGGAGCCAGCAUCUGCACCCAUGGGCGGGAGCGAGCUAAGUGCAAGGAGUGCGGGGGAGCCAGCAUCUGUACCCAUCAGCGCGAGCGAGCUAAGUGCAAGGAUUGCGGGGGAGCCAGCAUCUGUACCCAUGGGCGCCAGCGAUCUCAGUGCAAGGAGUGCGGGGGAGCCAGCAUCUGUAUCCAUCAGCGCCAGCGAGCUAAGUGCAAGGAGUGCGGGGGAGUCAGCAUCUGUGCCCAUGGGCGCGAGCGAGAUAAGUGCAAGGAGUGCGGGGGAGCCAGCAUCUGUGCCCAUGGGCGCCAGCGAUCUUGCUGCAAGGAGUGCGGGGGAGCCAGCAUCUGUACCCAUGGGCGGAGACGAUCUCAGUGCAAGGAGUGCGGGGGAGCC